GUUGUGGUUGAGCUUUAUUGCGGUGAUGGUUGCAGCUUUGCUAAGACAGCUGUAGACCUCAUUUGUUUCGGCUUGCAGUGAGCGCACUUUUUUCCUCUUGAAUACGCGGCUUGGUAGUAACACAUUUUCAGGGUGGUGAACCCUAGAAUUGGUUAAUGGAGCAAGAAGUGGGAUUACUUGUUGAUCAACUAAUGUUUCAGGGUGGAAUAAUAUGAAGAGAUAGGACGGGACAUAGUGGCACGGGACAGUCCUCUGACAACACUGGGAAACAUCACUAAGAAGAGCUUGAGUUUUACGGAUAAGGUCUACCUUGGAUCACUCAACUAAGAUAUCCACAGCUUUGAUGCAGCACUGCACAAAAUCUACAGGACAACCAGAAUAGUGUGAUUCCUGAACAACUGGCUCUACAGCACAAAACAAACAGCACUUCCUCCCAAAUGAAUGACUCCAGGGUUCCUGUUCAUCCUGGAAAACCUGGAAUUUUCCAUGCAGUUUUCCAGUCAUGUGUUGAAACAAAUCCAAGAUGACGGAAGAGGUGAUUGUCAUCGCCAAGUUUGAUUACAUGGCCCAGCAGGACCAGGAGCUGGACAUUAAGAAGAACGAACGUCUCUGGCUUCUGGACGACUCCAAGUCCUGGUGGCAUGUCCGCAACGCUACUAACAAGACAGGCUUCGUGCCAUCGAACUACGUAGAGAGGAAGAACAGUGCCAGGAAAGCAUCAAUCGUCAAGAACCUCAAAGACACUUUAGGGAUCGGCAAGGUAAAACGGAAAACAGGCAUGCGUGAAUCAGCCUCCAACUCGGACACAGACUUCAAUCCGGACAGCAGUGAACGUCUAUACGACCUGAACCUUCCUGCCCUCGUUAAAUUCAGCUACACGGCCGAGCGGGAAGAUGAGUUGUCGCUGGUUAAGGGCACGAGGGUCAUAGUUAUGGAGAAGUGUAGUGAUGGCUGGUGGAGGGGGAGCUACAACAGUCGUUCGGGAUGGUUCCCGUCCAACUAUGUGAUGGAGGAUGCUGAUGGAUCGGCAAGCAAUGACUCUGCUGGUCUGUCAGAGAAAUUAGCUGCAGAUGUUCAUAGCACAAAUGGCAAUCGAGUCCUGCACACAGUACAGGCACUCUACCCGUUCAGCUCAGGCAACGACGAAGAGCUUAAUUUCGAGAAGGGGGAGGUAAUGGAUGUUGUAGAGAAGCCAGAAAACGAUCCAGAGUGGUGGAAGUGUCGCAAAGCCGACGGGCAGAUGGGACUCGUGCCAAAGAACUACGUCACUGUUCUGCAGGAAUCACACAACUCUGCUAGCAUGGCCGGGCCGCCCACACCUGACUGUGACUACAUUGAGCCUUCAUCCAGCGGACGUUUUGCAGGCAAGCAGUGGUACUACGGGAAGGUGACACGUCAUCAGGCAGAGGUGGCACUCAACCAGAGGGGCACAGAGGGAGACUUUCUUAUACGAGACAGCGAGUCCUCACCCAAUGACUUUUCAAUAUCGCUGAAAGCUCAGUCCAAAAACAAGCAUUUCAAAGUCCAGCUGAAGGACAACAUGUACUGCAUUGGACAGCGCAAGUUCAACACAAUGGAAGAGCUGGUGGAACACUACAAAAAGGCACCCAUCUUCACCAGUGAACAGGGUGACAAACUCUACCUGAUCAAGGCUCUUGCUGCCUCCUGAUUCCAGUCGGAAAACUACCCAGUUGACAAGGACUGUACAUCUGAACGAACAGACAGACUGGGAAAAUCAAGCAUUCCAUGAAAGAGAGGUACAGGGAAAGACAGACAAUGGACUCCUGUUUAUUCGCACAGAAACUCGCUCCGAUUUCAUUGAGGGACACACCCAAUGUGUUUAGAUCACAGGUGAUGCAAUGUAUUUUGAUGUCAACAUGUAUUAGAAUUACAACUAGGUCUUCUUUUGUUAAUAUAUCAUUGGUUAUUUUUAACUGUUCUUUGGAGUUUCUGCUGUUAAAAUCCAGACAGCUAAGGAACUUCGUUCAACAUCUUUCAAAGGUCUUGCAUAUUGUCUGUUUUCUGCCUGCAUUGCUUGAACUACGCAAAAUGGAUAUUGACUCUAUACCUAUUAUAUUUAUUAGGAAUCAAUAUUUUUGCAAAAUGCUCACUCAGUAAAACCGAGUGACCAAAACGUACUUAUUGACAAGGAUUUUUACCAAUAUUCAGAAUUCCAAUUGAGAGAUUAGGCUAUCAUUGUGGGAUGAAUCUUGAACUGUAAUCGAAAUAGGAAGUGACCGCAUGUUUCCAAUUAAGUCAAGCUUGAUUUAAGCCCUAAGAUGCUUCAGUUAUUGCCAAAGUAGUCUAUAUGAGGGUGACCUGUAUAUACUAUUAAAUAACAGAAAUACUACUUCCCUGACAAUUGAGAUUGUUGCCAAAUGUAGCGGUUUGCUACCAUUGUCAUCAAGCCUUGUCAAUGUGUCAUAAUUCUUUUAUCACACAUCUUGGAAACUCUUGUCAGAAUUCAUACUAUGCCAUUAAUAUGAGCUUUCCCCAUUUGGAAGGGCUUGGCUGUGAUUGCUGUGUCCUACUAGACAAUUAUUUGAAUGAACGCAGAAGUUUGCGCAAGGUUGCAGAUUCAAGCCUGAAUUGCGAUACUAUAGCUGAAGAUUCCAGAUAGACCUCACUGGUGCACAUCACAGGUCUUUUAUGAUUCAGUAUUUUACCAAUAAAAUUGUCUUUUCUGUUCAAGGCUACAAUCCGUUUGCCGUAGCAUGUGUGUCUUUGUGUCGUUUUCGUUAUCAGUGGUUUGAAGCUUUAUCAGGUAUGUUCCUUUGUUUUGCAGGGCACUCAUUUGGUUGACAAUAGCUCACGUUUGCAGAUGCACAGAUGCAUAUUGAAGCUCUGAGGGUAAAUUAAAUUCCAUUAUACAUAAUUUGAUUUGCUUUUGCUCAGCGUGAAAGCAUUGUGAGCUCAGGGUUCAAGGAACAACCUGCUUCGCCUGGCAAUCAAGGUCAGCCGCGCUGCUUCCAUAUACAUCAGGUUGAUAAACUGCUGAGAGUGUUGAGAGAUGUUCCAAUUGUAUAUGUAAAACCAGGAAGAUAUGGAUGUUUGUGGAGGAUCAAGCAUGGGAGAGGACGCCUCCCUGGGCACGUUUCUGUUUUAACUUGGAACAACAUUGAAGUUCCUUUGUCAAGACUCGAGGAGGGUGAUCUGGGCUCUCCUCCAGGGGACCAUCACAAUGACAAUGAUUACUUCCCCAGAUGCUUGGAGCCAUACUGGGGGCGAGAGUUGAGGAAAGGGGAUUUUUUGGGGAGUGUAUGGAAAAAUUGCUGAAGCAUGCAGACAUUGGUGCUGUGAAUAUUAAGGUUAGUGUAGAAAUAUGAGAUUACUGUCAAUAAUGUGAAGCUCAAUGCACGGAAACAAAGUAGAUUUUGUUGUUUAGGACAGUGGUUCUCAACUGGUUUUGCUUCAGGACCCAGAUUUUCACCUUGGAAAGCAUUGGCGACCCAACACGGUAACAAACAUAACCCAUAUUUAAUUUAGUCUAAGUCUUACAUAGUUAAGAUUUGUUUUAGUUUUUUUGGGUCCCAAUCCACAAGUUGAGAACCACUGGUUUAGGAUGGGGAUUUCUGACAUAGUCUUACCAUGUAGCUUGUGCUUAAUGUGCCUUCAUCUGUUGCCGGAACCAAAGCAUAGGUGUACGCUAUUUAAAGAUAGACAAAUUAUUUGAGUAUUGUUUUGCAUGUGCGCAAUGCAUCCCUGAUAUGUGGCUUUUGUGAGUGGACCAUGUCUUGGUCAAGCAAACUUCCAGUUGGGGAACAGAUUGUGUUUUUAAGCCUAUUGUUGAUUUAUUUUAUUGAAGUGACCUUACCGUAUAGACCUUGGUCAGGAUAUACAGCGUUUAAUUUGUCACAAAUGGAAACAAAGUUGUGAUUGAUAGAAGUACUGCUCAUUUAGUGGGUUGUACUGUUUACAGUGAGCGCAUUUACAAGUACAGCAAUACGCUGAUAGAUAAAAUCAGCUUAUUCAUGAAAGCCAACAAUGUAAGAAACCUGUGUGUACAUGAGGUUUGAAAUCAUUGGAUUAUUCUCUGCUUUUGACAUCAAAAUGCAAACGGACAUGCGCACAUUAGAUAAGCCUGUCAGAAUGCCGGUAAAGGUGCUUUACAUGCAACACAAAAAGGGGGUAAUGAAGUCUGUGUGCCAAUUUUUGUUUUUGGUUUAACCGUUUUUAACAAAAUUUCUGAUAAACCAUUAAAGGCGUUUACAUGACCUUACACGUUGUCGGCUGAAGUAUAAUUUAUGGAAGAACAUGCAUGUAUACAUGCUUAUUGAAAAUACAUCUAUGUAAAGAAUUUCCACUGGACCAAAAAACUCUAGUGAACUAGUGAACCUAUUAAACAGACUGUACUUCUGUCCCUCACAGCCUUGUUUUCAUUAGCAUCAAAUCAAAUAUGCCAUCUCUAAACUGACUAGAGUCAGUAGCCCCAGCAAACAUUAGCAUCCGCAGUGGAUUCAGUUGGAGUAUCCCUGUAUUGUAGAAUUUUUUUUAUAAUAAUUCGGCUUAUGAGGAAUAUUUAAGGUUUCUAAAAGAUACUUAUGAGUCAAUCAUGAUCACUUAACCAACCAACCAGAUUUUAUUUUUGUGGCUAUGACCAAACAGCUUUGCUGUCCUUUCUUUUAGGAACAUUACCAAAUGGACAGCCUUUGAGUGUUAAUAGGUUUUGAAUGCUUGUGUAGACUGAAAUCCUAAUUUGCGUCAAGAUUGUCCAUCUGUGCAUCUAAUGCAACCAUUAAAGUUGCCACGCUAGGUGUAUUUUAAAUGCAAGGACCAUUGCGUAAUGGUAUUUUGUCUUGUGAUGUACAAAGUUUUGUCAUUCUUGGUUAAAAUCUUGAAUUUUGAAUCAAAUUAACCUGAAACUUGGAAUAUUGGAAAGCAGUGCUUGGUAAUUCCACCAGCUUAAGAUAAAAAAAGGAGUAAUUCAAGACUGGAUUUUCCUAUGAGAGCUGCCUUCGUGGAUUCACAAAGCUGAAUGAACUGGGCUGCAUCACUGACCUUGUUUGUUUAACCUAAUUUUGUCUGGACUAUGAGUGAACUGAGUUUCAGCAGAUCUGGGCCUUGAGGUGCUGUAAAAAUGAUGUGUAUGCUCACUGUCUCCAGUCUCGAUGAAGAUGUAACAGGAGUUUGACAUUUCAAAGAAAGAAAUAAACUACACAAAUCAA